AUGGCUGCAGCUCUUAGAUCAGUUCACGUUUGGAUGCUUUUCUGUUUAUCCUUUAUUUACUUGUGCUCAUCUCAAAAUGAAAACGAGUUCAUCUACAAUAAUGGCUUCAAUGAAGCCAAUCUACAACUGGAUGAAAUCUCAAAAAUCCACCCCAAUGGUCUAUUGCAGCUAACCAAUACUUCUGAGCUAAAGACGGGUCAUGCUUUACAUCCAUUCCCAUUCAAAUUCAACACAUCUUCCCCUGAAUCUCUUUCCUUUUCCACGAAUUUUGUUUUCGCCAUAGUUCCAGAGUCGGUUAAUAGUGGAGGCCACGGCAUAGCUUUUGUCAUCUCACCGUCUAUGAACUUUACUGACGCUAUUGCGGGUCAUUAUUUGGGACUCUUCAAUCUUGCAAACAUUGGCAAGCCUACAAACCACAUCUUAGCGGUCGAGGUUGAUACUGUACAAAGCCCUGAAUUUUCUGACAUUGAUGGAAACCAUGUGGGAAUUGAUGUGAACGGUUUGGAUUCUAAUGAAUCUGCUACAGCAACUUAUUAUUCGAAUGAAGAACGGAAGAACAAAAGCUUAGUGCUCAUGAGUGGAGAUCCAAUACAGGUUUGGAUAGACUACGAUGGUGCUGAAAAAUUACUCAAUGUGACUCUCUCUCCUAUUGGAAUCGCAAAACCAGAAAGACCUCUCUUGUCAACGCCCCUCAAUCUUUCUGAAGUUCUCUUGGACUCUAUGUAUGUCGGUUUCUCAGCAGCAACUGGCACAAUUACAAGUGACCAUUAUAUUCUAGGAUGGAGCUUCAACAGAAGCGGACAAGCACAAAACCUUGAUGUCUCCAAGCUUCCUCCUGUUCCUGCACACGGGAAAGCAAGUAAGAAACCAGGACUACUGAUGAUUGUUUUGGUUGUAGUAGCAGUGGCUGUGGCUGUGUUGUUGAUAGUAUUAAUUGUAGCUGCUUACAUUGUAUGGAGGAAGAAAUAUGAAGAAGUAUAUGAAGACUGGGAAAGGGAAUAUGGUCCUCAAAGGUUCCCCUAUAAGAAUCUCUACAAAGCAACCAAAGGUUUCAAGGACACAGAGCUUAUAGGAAAAGGAGGUUUUGGAAAGGUUUAUAGAGGCGUCCUUCCUUCUAAUGAACAAAUUGCAGUCAAGAGAGUCUCUCAUGGUUCGAAUCAAGGAAUGAAGGAAUUUGUGGCCGAAAUAAUAAGCAUGGGAAGGCUAAGGCAUAGGAACUUGGUGCAACUCCGCGGCUAUUGCAGGCGAAAGGGAGAAUUUAUUUUGGUCUAUGAUUAUAUGCCAAACGGAAGCCUGGACAAAUUAUUAUACAGCAAUACAGAGCCAAAUCUUAAUUGGUUUCAGCGAUUUCGAAUCAUUAGAGGAAUAGCUUCUGGCCUUCUCUACCUGCAUGAAGAAUGGGAACAAGUUGUUCUACAUAGAGAUAUAAAACCGGGCAAUGUUCUUUUAGAUGCGGAACUAAAUGGGAGGUUAGGUGAUUUUGGCUUAGCAAAACUAUAUGACCACGAUAGCAAUCCGCAAACCACUAACCUUGUGGGAACUGUAGGUUAUUUGGCUCCAGAGCUCAUUAGAACUGGAAAGGCAACUACCGGCACGGAUGUAUUUGCUUUUGGGGCUUUCAUGCUUGAGGUGGCUUGUGGAAGGAGGCCUAUAGAGCAACAAGGUUAUGGAGUGGUAUAUUUGGUUGAAUGGAUAAUCAAUUGCUGGAAAAGAGGAGCUAUCAUCGAUGCAAGUGAUCCAAGAUUAGAAGGUAUUUAUGCAGAGGAGCAAAUGGAGUUGGUACUGAAACUGGGACUGUUUUGUUCACACCCUAACCCCGCAGCUAGGCCUAACAUGAGGCAGGCGAUGCAGUAUCUGGACGGCGAUGCUACACUGCCAGGUAUAGCACCUGAUAGCAGUUCAAUUGAUGUGUUCAUAACAGGGAUGUAGCUAGUUAUGGAGAAAAUUGAUUAACUAACACAAGCAAACAGAAGACAUAAUUCUUGCCUGGUAGCAACCAACAUAGAGAAGCAGAGCAGCAACAGCAAGGGGGAGUCCUCCAAGUACUUUGUAAUAUGCAGAUUGCAGAACUAAGGAAAGCGCCUGUAGUGUAGUCAAACAAAUAAUUCAGAAAAACAGACCAUUAUUUUCUCCACCAACUAAAGGCAUCUACCACUGAAAUAGUGGAUCCAGUUCUUCAGGAAACGGAAAAAGGACAUACAAGCAUGAGAAGUAGCAAUAUUCGGGAGUACUUGAUUUCGAUAUUUGGAAUCAGAGUCGCUUGUUCUUCAGAGUUUCCAAUUGAAAGGACGAACAUGGAUGAUUUUACAGCCCAGCUGCAUUUUAUCAACAACAAACUUCUUCAAACUCCAAGACAUGGUGAGAGGCUACUGCAACUGCAUGAGUAAUUUUCCUUUGUUUUAAAAUUUAAUGUUCCAGCC